UUAGUGUUUGGUUCAACCUCAACAUCAAGAUACAUAUAAGCAAGUUCCUGAUACUUAUGGCUAUGACUGGGAAGAUUAUCAAAUUUAUAACCUUCAACCCCAGCUAUUUCCAGAGUAGAGUGAGCAGUCAUUUUCCUAGCAGCAGAACUCUGACCCACCUCAGCACUACAAUCAGGAUUGGAUGGAUUAUCAAAAUUUUGAUUAUAGAAGUGUGCAAGGUCUUGAUCAUUCUUUUCAAGCAUAUCAGAGUCUCUCAGAGUUUCAGGAUGAUUUUUCAUUGUAUAGACUUCAUCAUUCACAACCAGAUGAGCCGAUUGACUUAGAGGACUCCCAAGACACAAAUAUUCCUGCUCCAAGUCAGAUGGAGACCACAACACAACUUUCUGAAGAGAUAAUGGUACAACGGGGGAUCCUAGCUUUACAACUUUUACUACAAAUUUCUAAUAAAGCUAUUGAUCCUUCUAUUGAUGAUAUUGAUGUUAGUGGACUCUUCACUACUUAUGAUGAUGAUGUGGUAGAUAAAAGUGUAGGGACGUGUACUAUGGAGGAAAUGUCCCAAGGAUCACUUCCUUUGGUUGCACAACCGGUUGAUGAUGAUAAAUGUGUAGGGACUUUUGCAAUGGAAGCAAAGCCCCAAGAAUCACUACUUUCAGAAGAACCACCACUUGAUUCAGAGCUAGAGCCACUACAUAAUUCUGAAGGGGUCACAUCCACCUAUUUAGAACUUUUAGGUACAUCUCAACAAUGCAAGGUUUUCAAGAGGCCAAUAAUUGGAUGCUCACACUGAACCGUCUCCGACCGCCGGAAAGGACUUUUAAGGAGACGAAGAUGAAGAGAGCGGUGAUGCACUACAUUGUUCUUAUAAUGAUAACUCUCUUCAUAAUAAAUUGGGCCAUUGGAAGAAAAGUCCGGAAGUUUCUCACUCCGGCAAGAUCAUGAUUUCGAUGAGCCUACUAAGGGGUCGAGCUAAUAACCUUAAACAAGCGCUUCUUGGGAGGCAACCCAAGUUC